UUCUUCCGAAAAUUUUGGAAUGGAGCGUGUUCUUAGCUAUGGCGACGUCCUCCUCCGCCGGUGCGAUGUGGAGCUCCUCCGUCCCCCGAAUUUCAUCAACGACCACAUCAUCGACUUCUUCUUCUCCUAUCUCUCCUCAUCGGGAAGCAGCGAUGUGCUCUUGGUAAGCCCAUCCACGAGCUUCUGGAUCACGAACUGCGCCGACGCGCGAGAUCUGGCACCGGCGCUGGCGGCGCUUAAUCUCCGCGACCGGCAGAUGCUGCUCCUCCCGAUCAACAAUAGCGCCGAUGUGGAGUAUCGCUCGAGCCAUGGGAAUCUAGAGCGGGGCAGCCACUGGAGCCUCCUGAUCUUCCACAGGCCCAGCAAUUCGUGCCUCCAUUUCGAUAGCCUGGACGGCGCCAACGAUCGCUACGCCCGAUCGCUCCAUGCCAGGGUCUCGGAGCUUGUCGGCAGCGGCUCCAAGCCCAGAUUCGUGAGCGCCGCCACACCGCAGCAGGAAAACGGGCAUGACUGUGGGGCGUACGUGAUGGCCAUCGCCGCGGCGGUGAAGAAGGGGUUUGAGAGCGAUGUGGAAUGCGAUGUGGAGGAGAUUGUGAAGCGCGAGGUGAGCUCCGAGUCUGCGAGGAGAUUGAGGGCGAGCACGCUGGAUCUCAUCGAUUCUCUGCGCCGGGAGGAGGCGAUCAAGGCAUAGAGUUUUAAGUUCGUAGAACUUCCAAGUCUCUCUCUUACACUGGAAAAAGCUGGCUUCUUUCAUGGAUGGCACUUGCAUGCUACUAAUUGCGGUAAGCUCUUGGCUUUCUAAAGCUUCUUUGUUUUUCCAGAGUGUUGGUGGGAGAGAUUUGGUCGUGCCUUUCACUCCGAGAAGAGAUCGAUGCUCAUCCUGUUGAAAGUGAUGCAAGGAGUAAACGAUCCCACUGUGAACAGCUUUCGUCCAGUAGAAACAGGGCAAGCUUGCGUCAUUCUUUCCUGCGUAGUGAUUGCAAGUGUGAUCCUAUCGAUUUCCCAGUUUUGUGACAAAGCAGUUUGAAGAUCUGAAGCAUCACAGUAGAGGAGCAAGAGCUCAAGCAGCUGGAGUGUUCGAGGAGGAACGAUCUCGCUCGAUUACCUGCUUGUGUUCGUGCGUCUCCUCCACUAUCAAGAACAUUAUCGAGGAUGGGACAGAGUCUCAAAGUGUAGUACGAAAGUGUUUGAAAAUGGUAGACGAAGCUCUAGUGGA